AUGAUACCUAGGAUCCCCCAAAUACUUUCUAGUAGCCGAAUAAGGCUAUCUUCUGAGAUUACCACGUUUAGCUGCAAACCCACACCUCAUCUUACAUCAUCCAUCAAUAUUAUCACCAAACGAUUCAAUUCCUCGCAAGAUCAAUUAACUGAUUUAGAAGCUCAAGACAUCAAAUACAGAAAACAAAGAGAACUUUCUCUUAGAUUAGUCAAGAUUAAAAACUAUGGUGAUUAUUUCCCACCCCAUACGCAUCCAGGUUCAACUCAUUAUAAGAAACCAGUACAUGAUCAUUUACACAAGGGACGUCCAGUUAAAGAAUUAACUUUACCUAAAAAGAAGACUGCUGGUAGAAACAACAAAGGUCAGAUUACCAUAAGAGGCAGAGGUGGUGGUCACAAACAACGUGUCAGAUUACUUGACUUUCAUCGAUGGGAACUGGGUAAGAAUAAAGUUGUUCGGAUCGAAUAUGAUCCAAAUAGAUCGGGUCAUAUUGCAUUGUUGGAAAAUGUAACUACUGGAAACUUAUCGUAUAUCUUGGCUCCCCAGGGUUUACGCAGUGGUGAUGUAGUUGAAAGCUUUAGACAAGGUAUUCCUGAGGAUUUUAUUGAAGAAAUGAAGAGAACAAACAAUGGAGAAAUUGAUGAUGCCUUAUUAUCGGCCAGAAUCUUACAAAGAGGUAAUUGUUUACCUUUGAGAAUGUUGCCAGUGGGUUCCAUAAUCCACAAUAUUGCCUUACAUCCGGGUCAAAGAGCGCAAUUGGUGAGAAGUGCCGGAACAUUUGGUAAAAUCUUGUCAAAGCAUCCCGAAAAAUCAAGGGCCAUUAUCAAAUUAUCCAGUGGUGAACAUCGGUUUGUUCAUUUAGAUUGUCAUGCUACUUUGGGUGUUGUUUCAAACAAGGAGCAUCAAUUGAUAUCAUGGGGUAAAGCAGGUAGAGCAAGACAUAGAGGUAGAAGACCUAUUACUAGAGGUGUUGCUAUGAAUGCUAAUGAUCAUCCUCAUGGUGGUGGUAGAGGAAAAUCUAAGUCCAAUAAAUUCAGUCAAUCAAAAUGGGGAUUGAAGAAAUUCCAGAAGACAAGACUUAGGGCUAACCCCAAUGUAAUUAGAAACAGAAAGGGAAGAAUGGUAAGACAUAAGAAGUAG